CAAACUUUGCUUCUGGAGAAUGCCUUUUGCAACACUUUUCAGUAGCUGCCUGGAAACAAUUGCUUAGCCAUCAGUGGACAUUUGAAAUAGUCAAAAUGUAUGGAGAGUGGGCCGCAGUGAAUAUUCUCAUGAUGUCCUAUGUGUACCUGGUGCAGGGCUUCAGUAGUGAACACCGAGCAGUGAAGGAUGUUUCUUUUGAGCGAUCAUCCCGGUCUGUGUUGGAACGUUCUGAACAACAGAUCCGCGCGGCUUCUAGUUUGGAGGAGUUGCUGCAAGUCGCGCACUCUGAGGACUGGAAGCUGUGGCGGUGCCGGUUGAAGCUUAAAAGUCUUGCCAGUAUGGACUCGCGCUCAACAUCCCAUCGCUCCACCAGAUUUGCGGCAACUUUCUAUGAUACUGAAACACUAAAAGUUAUAGAUGAAGAAUGGCAGAGGACCCAAUGCAGCCCGAGAGAGACAUGCGUAGAAGUCGCCAGUGAGCUCGGGAAGACAACCAACACAUUCUUCAAGCCCCCUUGUGUAAAUGUCUUCCGGUGUGGAGGCUGCUGCAAUGAAGAGAGCGUGAUGUGUAUGAACACAAGCACCUCCUACAUCUCCAAACAGCUCUUUGAGAUAUCAGUGCCUCUGACAUCAGUGCCCGAGUUAGUGCCUGUUAAAAUUGCCAACCAUACGGGUUGUAAGUGCUUGCCCACGGGCCCCCGGCAUCCCUACUCAAUUAUCAGAAGAUCCAUUCAGAUCCCAGAAGAAGAUCAAUGUCCUCAUUCCAAGAAACUCUGUCCUGUUGACAUGCUGUGGGAUAACACCAAAUGUAAAUGUGUUUUACAAGAUGAGAAUCCACUGCCUGGGACAGAAGACCACUCUUCCCUCCAGGAGCCGGCUCUCUGUGGACCACACAUGAUGUUUGAUGAAGAUCGCUGCGAGUGUGUCUGUAAAGCACCAUGUCCUGGAGAUCUCAUUCAGCACCCGGAAAACUGCAGUUGCUUUGAAUGCGAAGAAAGUCUGGAAAGCUGUUGCCAAAAACACAAGAUGCUUCACCCUGACACUUGCAGUCUCAUCUUUACUUUCUUUUGCGACAUCUGUGAGGACAGGUGUCCUUUUCCCACCAGAACAUGUGCAAGUAGCAAGGCAGCCUGUGGAAAGAACUGGUGCUUUCCAAAGGAGACAAGGGCUGAGGGCCUCCUCAGACAAGAGAAUCUUCCUCCCAAGUUCCCUACCCGUGUCAUUUUAAACAGCAUGCUGCUUUGUUAAGUUGCUGUCAGUGUUGCCCAUCCCCACCCCUCAGCGGUUAGAAAAAUUGAUUUUACGUAGUGCCAUGGUAAAGCCACAUUUCCAUGCAAUAGCUGGGUCAUUCCCCAGUUCAUUGACAAAUGACUUGUGGCUUCAGAUGCCUCUGUGCAUCAGCGCUCAGAAAGGAAGGGGUCUAAGGAGCCCCUUUUUUGGAUGAAUGAGAAAAGGUUGCCUGAAACAGAGUAGUAGGUGCCACGUGAUUGACUCCUCAGAUUGGCAAAGUCCAAGUGCAAUGCUUAUGAGUUGUUCUGCUUCUUUCUUAUGCAGAAUUUCAUUUGUAUGAUCAGCACUGAUGCGAUUCCCAUUCAGCUUGUAUUUUUAAGUUUACUGAACCACUGCCUGAUGUUUUAUAUUUAAAUGUAUUUAAAGGAAAUAAACACUGUUACGCAACCCACA